GCCGCCAUCUUGUGGGCAGCCUCGGAGGCCGGCGGGCGGGAGAGCUGGGAGCUGCAGCCGCCGCCAUGGUGCUGCUGGCGGCCGCCGUGUGCACGAAGGCGGGCAAGGCCCUGGUCUCGCGGCAGUUCGUGGAGAUGACGCGCACCCGCAUCGAGGGGCUGCUGGCCGCCUUCCCCAAGCUGAUGAACACGGGCAAGCAGCACACCUUCGUGGAGACGGAGAGCGUGCGCUACGUGUACCAGCCGCUGGAGAAGCUCUACAUGGUGCUCAUCACCACCAAGAACAGCAACAUCCUGGAGGACCUGGAGACGCUGCGCCUCUUCUCCCGCGUGAUCCCUGAAUACUGCAGAGCACUAGAAGAAAAUGAAAUUGCUGAUCACUGCUUUGAUCUGAUCUUUGCCUUUGAUGAGAUCGUUGCCCUUGGGUACCGGGAGAAUGUCAACCUGGCCCAGAUCCGCACCUUCACAGAGAUGGACUCGCAUGAGGAAAAAGUCUUCAGAGCUGUCCGUGAGACACAAGAGCGUGAGGCCAAGGCCGAAAUGCGUCGCAAAGCAAAGGAGCUGCAACAGGCGCGUAGGGAAGCUGAGCGACGGGGCACAAAAGCACCAGGGUUUGGUGGCUUUGGAAGUUCAGCUGUGACAGGAGGCACAACAGCUACCCUGAUUACAGACACCAUUAUUGAGACAGAGAAACCAAAAGUGACUCCUGCACCAGCCAGGCCGUCUGGAUCAAACAAGGCACUCAAGCUGGGUGCCAAAGGAAAGGAAGUAGAUAACUUUGUGGACAAGUUAAAAUCCGAAGGAGAAAACAUCAUAACCUCUUCAGCAGGCAAGCGGUCGUCUGAAGCAGCCACAGUUUUUGCUCCCCCUGUCAAUAUGGAGAGUGUGCACAUGAAAAUUGAGGAGAAGAUUGCGCUGACCUGUGGCCGUGACGGGGGGUUGCAGAACAUGGAGCUGCAUGGCAUGAUCAUGCUGCGGAUCCAGGAUGAAAAGUUUGCCCGGAUUCGGAUCCAUGUUGAGAAUGAGGACAAGAAGGGUGUGCAGCUACAGACUCAUCCCAAUGUUGACAAGAAGCUUUUUACAACAGAAUCCUUGAUUGGCUUGAAGAACCCUGAAAAGUCUUUCCCCAUAAAUAGCGAUGUGGGGGUGUUGAAAUGGCGGCUGCAGACCACAGAAGAGUCUCUUAUUCCACUGACAAUUAACUGCUGGCCAUCUGAAAGCGGUAGCGGCUGUGAUGUCAACAUUGAGUAUGAGCUGCAGGAGGACAGCCUGGAGCUGCAUGAUGUGGUGAUCACCAUUCCCUUGCCGUCUGGCGUGGGCACGCCAGUGAUUGGCGAGAUCGAUGGUGAGUAUCGUCAUGACAACCGAAGGAACAUCCUUGAGUGGUGCCUGCCUGUGAUUGAUGCCAAAAACAAGAGUGGCAGCCUGGAGUUCAGCAUUGCAGGGCAGCCCAAUGACUUCUUCCCUGUGCACGUCUCCUUCGUUUCCAAGAAGAACUACUGCAACAUCCAGGUUGCCAGAGUGACCCAGGUAGACGGGAACAGCCCUGUGCGGUUCUCCACAGAGACCACCUUCCUCGUGGACAAGUAUGAGAUCCUGUAGCCGUCGCCGCAAGGAAGCGGCAUGGAAGACUUUGAGGCUGUGGCUUCUAGAAAGGGGCCGCCGCUCUUCUGUGCCAGGGGACUCCGGCAUGUUAGUUUGCCCAACUCCACUUUCUAAGUCACAGCCAGGCAGGGAGAGGCUGCUGGCUUCUGUGGCACAGCCAGGGAAGCCUCCUUUGGCCUCUGUCUUGGCACACUCCUCCCUUCCCCUUGCCAUCUCUGUUACUGCUGGCCACUUACUGUGUUCAGGGGGGCAGGCGGGAGAGGAAGCGGCUUUUCCACCCUCUCCGUAAAAUCUCCCUGGACCUAUAGCAAGCUCUGACAUGGCAGUGAAGCAGAGCCCCCCUCCCCACACCCACACACAGCCGCCGCCGCUGCUGCUUCCCCUUCCUUUCCUCAUGCAGUUGAGCCCAUGGUUCAGGGUGGGGAGGACUCUGGCUUGAAGACUCUUCCAUGGCUCUGAUGAAUCUGCCUCCUGUUCAGAGGAAUAACGUGUGACCGGAACUGCCUUUCUGGGAGCCCUUCAGAAACCCCAUUGUGGGGGAGGGAGGAGCAGCAGCCACUGAGGGUGUCUGUUCUCACGGCUUUUGUAGAGCCCCUGCUUGCAUGCUGAGGAAGUCACCAGCCUCUCCCAGUUGCCAUGUUGCUGAUGAGACCCUUUUCAGGAUGUCCCGCGUGAAGAUGGGGAGCCUGUACUGUAGGUGGUAGCUGUGAAUCUUCUGGAUCCAACUGUGGUCCCGCAUUGUCAGUCUGAUUUUUAAAAGGGAGUGAGUUCCACCAAUGAGGUUUUGGGUUUGUCCUUAAAUAACUGGGGAGGGGGUGAUAUUUAAAGGUUUUGUAACCCUGUAAAAUAAUGGAGUUAGGAAAUAACACAUUCCAAUGUACACAAUGAAUCCCUCCCCCUUGAUCAAAUAAAAGAAUAUUCUAAAAGGUG